GACUCGGAGGCGAGCAGAUGUGGCCGUGCCAUCACUGUUCCGCGCGAGCAUUCCCUGCUGAGCCUCGCGGAGGAAUGCCGCGGGAGCAGUCUGGUACCCCGCUUAACUUCUGAAGCUUUCGGUUCGGGCUGUGACAUGAGAUUGAGCCACGUAUGCUUGGCGGUGUGCGGAUGGACUCCCGGUGGUGCAGCGGCCCGUCGUUUCCCCGUUCUGUGCUUCUGCACUGAGGAGGGGAAGCGGGGCUGUGCCGUGCCGGUCUCUGAGAUGCUCGGUUCGGAUGCAGCUCCCUCGGGAGAAUCUAUAAAGCUGUGGCCUCCAAAAUGGAUUUCCUCUGGAUCUGCCUCAUCCUUUUGGCAGUGGUGCUGCCUGAAGGCAGCCUGGCAGACCUGGAGAAGCAGAGGAUGGGCUCUGGAUUGGAGAUCUAUAAGAAACUGUUCGAGGUGAAGCGCAAGGACCAGAUGAAUGCCCUGAAGAACCUCAUAGAGCUCAAUGACAUUAACCAACAGUAUAAAAUCAUUGACAUCAUGCUCAAAGGACUCUUCAAAGUGCUGGAAGACUCCCGGGCUGUACUCAUAGCAGCAGAUGUGCCACCGGAUGGGCCUUUCCCCCAGGAUGAGAAGCUGAAGGAUGCGUACUCCCAUGUGGUGGAGAACACAGCCUUCUUUGGGGACGUUGUGCUGCGCUUCCCCAAGAUUGUGCACCACUACUUUGACCGCAACUCCAACUGGAACAACCUGAUCCGCUGGGGCAUCGGCUUCUGCAACCUGACGGGCGUCUUUGAGCAGGGGCCCCACUCCCAGCUCCUGGGGCUGAUGGCUCAGGAGCUGGGCAUCAGUGAGAAGUCCCCCAAUUACCGCAAUCCCUUCAAAGCUGACCACUCUGAGUUCUUCCCCAGCGCUGACACCUUCCAGAAGGCGCUGCGCGAGGAGGAGAAGCGGCGCCGGAAGGAGGAGAAGCGCAAGGAGAUCCGCAAGGGCCCGCGCAUCUCUCGCUCGCAGUCUGAGCUGUAGGCCCGGGUGGGCCGGGACCUGCAUCGAUGCAGCUGCUCCCACCCAUGGCUGGGCUGGGGAUGCCCUGCCAGCCGCUUCUGUGAGUUUCAGGGUGGAUUUUUGUUUUUCAGUCGAUGCGGCCCAAUGGUCCCACGGCCCCAAAGUGGGGCUAUCCCUGAGCAACGGGCGCUGGGGCACCACUCGUCAGAUGGGUGCAAAGCCAUGUGCUGGGGACGGGGCAUGCGUUGUUUUUCUGGAAUAAAUCGGAACGGUUGUUA